GCGCCGAGAGCUGUGGAGAAACACGUUUGUGGUUCGCUUCAGCUCUCGCUCGCCAUGGCGACCCCAGUCGAGCAGCCUCCUCAACCGGGCGGCGGGAAGCGCAAAGGCAAAGCUCAGUACGUCCAGCCCAAGAGGGCUCGACGCUGCGAUGGCCUCGCGGCCCGGCAGCUGGAGCCCGGACUCCAGGGCAUUCUCAUCACUUGCAAUAUGAACGAGCGCAAAUGCGUGGAGGAGGCCUACAGCCUGCUCAACGAAUACGGGGACGACAUGUACGGCCCGGAAAAGUUUAUAGAUCAUGAUCAGCAGCCCUCUGAAAGUAAGGAAGAAGAUGAUGAUGUGGAGAGUGCCUUGAAGAAAGAAGUUGGUGACAUUAAGGCAUCUACAGAAUUGAGGCUAAGAAGAUUCCAGUCGGUGGAGAGCGGCGCGAAUAAUGUGGUCUUCAUCAGGACGCUUGGGAUAGAGCCUGAGAAAUUGGUUCAUCAUAUUCUGCAGGAUAUGCACAGGACCAAGAAGAAGAAGACUCGGGUUAUUCUACGAAUGUUACCCAUUACAGGCACGUGCAAGGCUUUCUUAGAAGACAUGAAAAAAUAUGCAGAAACAUUUUUGGAACCCUGGUUUAAAGCUCCAAACAAAGGGACAUUUCAGAUUGUAUACAAAUGUCGAAAUAACAGUCACCUGAACAGAGAAGAAGUUAUCAAAGAGUUGGCAGGAAUAGUAGGCAGCCUCAAUUCAGAAAAUAAAGUGGAUCUUACUAAUCCACAAUACACAGUGGUGGUAGAAAUCAUUAAAGCUGUCUGUUGCCUGAGCGUUUUGAAAGAUUACAUGUUGUUCAGAAAGUACAAUCUCCAGGAGGUGGUAAAGAGUGCUCAGGAUUCAUCACAACUUACCCCAAAGCAGACGGCACAAAAAGGAAAUGGGAAAGAAGCCAAACUGGAAUCUGGUGACCAGUUAAAUCAGAAUGACUUAGCAGAAGAAAAACAUAACCAGCGGAUGGUACCUGAGAAUAACAAGAAACCAGGCCAGACAAAACCAACGUCCGAGACACAGGUGUUGAGUGAGGGAGGAGCUAACCCUAAACUGGGAAGGAAAGUCACAGGAGAAUCCAAGUCAAAUGAAAAUGCCCACUCGUAGGAAAAAAGGCCAUUCGGUGUUGGUUUCUGAACGGGGGUGCUUCGAGAUGUGGCCGAGAUUCCCUGUAAAAUCAUUGCUGAAAUGAUUGUUUUUGAAUUCUGUGUGCGCGCAACGCUAUGUUCACAGCAGCGAGCAGCAGCCGAGGAGCCCGGCCAAGUUUUGUUACAGACCUUUCAGCCCUGUGGGCCUCGGGGAAGCUGGCUGCGCUGUGAACACAGAGUGGGCUGUGGGGGAAGGGGGCCUCUCCCUUACCUCCCCUGCCUUCCCUUCUGCACUGCUAGCUGCCUUAUGGGGACAAGCGAGCUCUAUGAAACAAACUCCAAGAGAAAUUUUUAUUCUAAGGAAGAAUUUUUUGACACUUCACAGUUUCAUGUGUCCCCUGCCACUUUGUUGUAAACAUUACAAAAACUUGGUCCUGUAGUGAAUUGUUUUGUGAAAUCUUUGUACUUUUUGUCAUUUUCUUGCUUUUAUAUUAGGCCCGUUUUAGCUACAUUUAUUAACAUUGGUUUGGUGCAAAUCCAAUGUUCCAGUGCACCAGUAUUUCAAGGUAAGGCGGGAAAUGAAAGCGGACUGUUCUGGGCAUAGGCUUACAGGCCUGUGAUGGGGGUAGUAAUGGAGGAUUUGAAUUUUCAGUUGCUUUGGGAUGCUGAUGCAAAAGGGGCACACUUUCUUCACAGUGGAACCGACUCACUGGUCUCCUGUGGACUCAUCGUUCAAGCUGCGCUAGUCCAUUGUACGCUGCUCAUGAGGUCUGACUGAAAACUUGGCUUUGCCCCAACAAGUGUAACUAAAUCAUAGUUAUUUGCGAAGUGAAGGUGGUGAUUAUUUUAAAUGACUUGGAAUAUCAAAAGCUUUUUUUUUUUUAAUCACAAUACAGUGAAAAGGUUUAGGAAGUAAAUUAUUUAUUAGUAGAAUUUUACUCCAGAAGGGAAAACUCACAUAGCCGGUAAGAACCCGAUAGUACUAAUAUUAGAAUGCAGUCCAAGAAAUGGGAAACUUCAUUCUCAGUUAAACUUAUUAACUACUUACUAAACUGUAGUGUUAACUGCACUAAAGGAGUUUUGUGUCAUUAAUGAAAAGUAGCAGUGUCUCUUUUUGGUUUGACUGGUCAACAGAUUUUGCAGAUAGUUGUCAAACUAGUAUUUGUGAGGUUGUAAAUGAUGAAGGCAUUCAAGAAAACUUUCUCUGCUGCUAGGCGCCUCCCACAAUAGGCCAACGUAAAUGUUAGUGACUUCACAUCUAUAAACCAGAACGUCCUGUCCGGGGAUUGGCUGACACGUGCUGCCUUUGUUUAAUGACGGCAUGCCACCUUCCUCACAGAGGUGCUGAUUAAAAACCAAAACUUGGAGCCGAAGAAAGAUCUGAUAAUGCUACGAAAUUGGUUGACUUUACUGCAGGCCUGUUCAUAUAAGAAUAUUAAAAAAAUAAAACUCCCACAAAAAUAAAACCUCAACUAAGAUCACCUAAAUCUGCUACAUGCAGAAGUCCAGGGGCUUAUCAGGGAGAGUGCUCAGCCGGAUUCUUGAGUGCAAAGGUGAUGCCAGGCCAGGUUUCUGACUGCUUGGAGAAGAAUAGCUACAGAAAGCAGGCAGUUUAGAUGAACAAAUGCACGUUUUGCAAAGUCAUGGAGACCUUGUCUUAAAGUAUCAGGAUCUUAGAUUUUAAACUGACUUAGGAACAAACACGUUGCAAAGGGAACUCUUGAAAUGUUCCACAGACACUUGGGCUUGAAAAUGAAGGACAGUAACAAAUCUCAAGAUUUCAGUCCUUUAAGAGCCAAAAAACCAAAUUAAACAGCAUUUUGCCUCAAUUUCCCAAUACUGAUAUAUAUGACUGUGAGGAGCUGUUUAAACCUUAGGCUUGGGUUUCUGUGGAACAAGAGUAUCCUGCGAUUUACUGCUCAUACUGUGAGGGUUCCCCUCUUUGGAGAGUUUCCUCAGUGUUUCCUCCAGGGAAAAACUUAAAAAGCUAGAAGAGACAGACACCAAAGAAGACUACAAAAUAAGAUGCCCGGACUGAGGAUAUUAAGAUGGGAAAUUAGCUUCUGGGGACAGGUUCGCUCUGCGAUUUGAAAGGUUUGGCAGCUGUGAAUGCUCAGUGUGCCCGAGCUGAUGGCUGCAGUCGUCGAAUUGCCGGUGAACAUGGCAAUACGUUAUUGAGCUCUUGGGCCUGCUUAAAGCAGGCCAGAAGAGUUUUGAGAACAGUCGGGGCUUUGCAAAUGUAAGUGAGGCUGGAACUUCCUUGUAUUGUAUAUCUUUAAAUAUUUAGAUGUUAAUAGUUGAAGUCAUUUUGAAAGAAUAAUAAAAAUAUUGUUAGUAUAUUGAGGGGAACAUGGAAGAUAGAAUUUUGGUGCCUUCAUCUGACUUGCUGUGACACUCCCAUAGAUAGUGCAAAACUUUGGGGACUCAGAAUAUCGUCAGCCACGUGCUGGUAGGACAAAUGGCUGUGCACAGUUGGUUUUCAGUUUCUCUGUGAAAGCUGCUACUCGACAGAUUUUGAUUCUGUACUUUGUUUUAUCUCCUUUGUGUAUGUGUAUUUGGUAAGGCCUGGCUAUGGCCAAAACUGUUUGCCAUUUCUACAGCCUGUGUUCUUUUGGAUCUGAAUUCACUCAAAGAUUUGUUUGCAGGCUCUUCGCUUGUUUUCAUGGACUGUUUUGAACUGUUUCACGUUCACUGUAAUGAACGUGUUCUUUUAUAAACGACGAGAUUCCAGGGUAGGGAUUGAGUGCUUGCUUUUUUUUUUUCCUUUCAAUUUUUAUUUAAAACAAGUCAGUUAAAACUCCACUUCCAUGUUGUGUUUUAGUAAACUUGUUUUGCUUUAUAGAGGAAAGAUUGUAAAAUUUUUUAUUUCAAGGUUAAACAUGAUUUCCAGGCAUUAUUUUGCUUUUGUUAUGGCCAUAUUUCAGCUUGUUCUGAUAUUUUCAGAAAAUAAAAAAUUGUUUCUUAAAGGUUGAUGUUCUCUAUUUUUCUUUUAUUCUGUUCUCAGUCAAGUUUUUGCUCUGUAACAAGUAUAGAUAUAUCAUAAAAGGUGCUUAUUUGUCAAAUUGCAUAUUAGAAAGUCAUUAAGUAUUCCUAAAAAAGUAGUUUACUGCUUUCAAUAAAUAUGCUUAAGUAGUUUAAACUUUAAUGAAUUUCCUUCCAAAGAGGUGUAGUAAUGCAGUACUUCAAUUCAUUGUAACAUUUUAAUUCACUGUAAAGUUAGUUUCAGUAAUAUAUAAAGAUGUUAGAAAAAUUCUCUUGAACAUUUCUCUUAGAAUAGCUCUAAUCUUUAUUUUUAAUUAACCAGACACAAUAAAUUCAUUAUCCUCUGUGC